AUGAUUUGUGAAAUUUCAGAUAAUGUUGGAAAGGUUUAUGCUGUUACCUUUUGGUCACAUCAUUCAAUUACAUGCUUCCAAUCACUAAUAGUUUUUACUUAUUUAGUAAACUAUUUAGUUUCUCCAAAUUCGGAGGGUUAUCAAAAUUUCUUAAUGAUGAUUUAUCCGUUUUUGAUUGUAUGGUUAAUACUUCUUACAAUGUUUGGAUUAAGCAUUUGGAUGAAAAAUCAAGCGGAAGAAAUUGUGAAAAUUGGACUUCAGAUCCAAUACAAAGUGAAAAGCUCACCAAAAAUCAUCAAAUUCGCUCAACUGCUUUCCUUACAACUUCAUCAUCGUCCACCGAGUUUUCUUCAUUUAAGUAUCAAACAUGAAGCUUUCAAGUUGGAAAAACGGAGACAACAUUUUCAAGUUCUUCUUCAUAACUAUGAAACUUAA